CGGCAUUGUACGAGACACGAGCAAUGUUGCGAUUCUUAACAAGAAAAGAAAAACCGGCGAGCGCGUCACCGCCAAUGCCGCCAUUUUAUAUCAAGCCGCGACGUAUCUUGCGACAUAAUCAUUUUCACGCAAUCACGCCGUGGCUCGUCGCCACAUAUAAUUCCACGUCCACCCCGUUCGCCGUCAUCCUAAUUUGCAUCGCAUUACAACACGUUACAUGUUUGAGUCGAUUUAGCACGCGACCACGUCGUGCAUCGUACUGCGCCAUACCACCCCACGCUAUGCCGCGCCGUAUAUACCAUGAGCAAAGUAAAGGAUUCUCCAACGGACAAUGAGACGGAAGAGGAAUUUAGUGUGGAGAAAGUCUUAGACAGAAGAAUCGUGAAGGGAAAAGUGGAAUAUUACUUAAAAUGGAAAGGAUAUUCCAACGACGAAAACACAUGGGAACCAGAGGAAAAUUUAGAUUGUCCGGAUUUGAUCGCUCAGUUUGAAGACCAACGGAAGAAGAAGGAUGGAAGUACAUCUGGAAAACGUCACGAAGAAAAGGAACAAAAGAAACGAAAAAGCAAUAACACACCGACACCCACUCAGGCCAAGAAAAAGGCAGCAGUGGAAGAAAAGAAGCUGGAAGGUAAAGGAUUUGAUAGAAAUCUGGAGCCCGAGCGUAUUAUCGGAGCGACAGAUUCCAGCGGUGAACUGAUGUUUCUAAUGAAAUGGAAAGGAACAGACGAUGCGGAUCUGGUACCUGCACGCAUUGCUAACGAAAAGUGCCCACAGAUCGUGAUAAAGUUUUACGAAGAGCGACUCACAUGGCAUAGCCCAGCUCACGAUGACGAAAACUCGACGAAACCUGACCCGGAGUAGCGUCCAGCGUUCUUUCACAAUUUAUUUUUAUCAUUGCAAAGUAUUUCCCUGUAAUAAUUAUCCUAGAUUAUUUACGAGUUUUUUAACUUUUGUAGGUAAAAAAUAAAUAUAUCAAAGAUUUUUCGAACAUUAAUAUAGAAUGGUAUAAUGUAGGAGGAAUUGAAGAAAGUUCAAAGAUUA